AUGCAUAGCUCAAUUGAAAGGGGGAUACAUCAAAGGAGCCGGACAAAGCAUAUUUCACCAAAGUUGUUUUUCACACAUGAUCUUCAACAAAAUGGUGAGAUAGAAGUUCAACAAAUCCGUUCAAGUGAUAAUCUUGUUGAUUUAUUCACUAAGGCAUUGCCAACAUCAACGUUUGAGAAGUUGAGAUACAAGAUUGAAAUGUGUCGUCUCCGAGAUAUCAAUGAGAGUCCCACUGCAAAGGAAGGGAAGUUUGGAAUUGGUAGAAAUGGCGCUAAAAAGCAUCUCUCUUCCAUGGUUAAUGGUAUCAGAUUUCACCUCUUUUGUUCUAAAGCCGAUGAAUUGGUGGUGCACUUCAUGGUGAAUUCACUUGGGUUCUCAACAAAAGAAGCCAUUUCCACAAGCGCCAAGAUGAAAACACUGGUCUCUUCUUCUCCUAAAUUGUUGUUUUGUGAUAUUGACACAACCCUUAAACCCAAAAUUAAGGUUUUACAACCACUUAACUUAUCUGGGUCUGACCUUGUUACAUUAAUUGAAAAAAGCGAUUUCUUGAGAAGAGGUUUACAUACUUCUAUAAAACCUACUCUUGAUUAUCUGCGGGAGUUAUUGGGUACUCAUGAUGCUGUAGCUAUGGUUCUUAAGAAAGAGCCUAGGUUGAUUUUGCAAAAUAUCUCUAAAGUAUUACCGCCUAAUAUAGCACUGUUGCAAAAUCUUGGCUUUUCACAAAUUGAUAUUGCUAAUUUUUUUCAACGCUAUCCUAGAUGUCUGCUUCGUAACCCUGUCUGUCUUCAGAGAGUAGUUCAUCAAGCAGAAGAGAUUUUUCACAUUCCUCGAGGAUCACGUAUGUUUCUUCAUGGCAUUGCAGCACUUGUGCCGCUUCAUGAAUCUACAUUAGAAAGAAAAUUAGAUAUUUACCGGAGUUUUGGAUGGUCUCAUUCUGAUAUCUGCACAAUGGUGAGAAAGCCUCCUUCCUGUUUGACUUCAUCAGAGGCUAAGAUAAGGAUUACAUUGAAGUUUUUCAUGAACGAAUUGGGGUAUGAACCUAGUAAUCUGGCUUCUCAUAAGCCGCUUUUAAAGCACAGUUUGAAGAAGAGGAUAAUGCCAAGGAAUGAAAUAUUUAAAUUCUUAAAGAAAACCAGUUGA